AUAAUAAAACAGAUAAAGUUGAAAAAAAGUAGAAGAAAAGUCAAUAUAUUGCAAUCAAUUCCCAGAAGACAUUUGCUGGCCAUUUCAACCACCUUCCCUUCAUUCCCGUGCACCUGUCUAAUUCAAUCUAAAAAACCCACCCUCUUCACCAUCACUUCCGUUAACUUUAACGGUAACAUCUCAAAUGGGUGCAGCUCCAUCUGUUCCUGAAAACUCAAUCCAUGAGUUCACUGUCAAGGAUGCCAAAGGGAAGGAUGUGGAUCUGAGUAUCUACAAAGGAAAAGUUGUUUUGAUUGUUAAUGUUGCUUCCAAAUGUGGGUUUACAAACUCGAAUUACCCGAAAAUGGCUGAGCUUCAUGUGAAGUAUAGAGAUAAAGGUUUCGAGAUCCUGGCAUUUCCAUGCAAUCAAUUCUUGUACCAAGAACCUGAAGCAAGUGAAAAGGUGGAAGAAUUUGCAUGUUCGAGGUUUAACGCUGAAUAUCCCAUCUUCCAAAAGAUUCGUGUCAACGGGCCUAAGGCAGCGCCUUUGUACAACUUUCUUAAAGCCAAAAAAGGAGGGUUCUGCGGGUCUAGAAUCAAAUGGAACUUCACAAAGUUUCUUGUGGAUAAAGAAGGCCAAGUCAUAGGUCGUUAUGGAACAUCUACUUCACCGUUAUCAAUCGAGGGUGAUAUUCAAAAGGCGUUGAACGCUCAGUGAGAUCAAUGAACUAGUCAAGUUCUCUUAAAAGUGAAGGUAAGCAAGAUCCCUACAAUCAUAUCAGUACGAGACCCGUCUACAGAAACGUGCUUUUUAGUGGUAUAGCAUAGCUGUGUAAAGGUGAACCGUGAUGCUUGAGAGUUAAAGAUAUUGGUUUGAUAUGUGCGGUUUCUAAGGAUGAUUUCGGUUGUAUUGUUCUUAUUUAUUUAUUAUAAUUAUGUUGGUUGUUUAA